AUGGCCGAUCGUUUCUUUCCGAUCCAAAUGCCACACUUCGUGGCCGAAGCACCGGCGGACGAACUCGCACCGUCGGAUUCCGAUAUCGACGAAGACCCACUUACUCCCUCUAAGCUUCUUUCACUGCCUCACGCUGCGCUUUCUGCUCGCUUUAUACAAACCGCUCUCGACCUCAAGGAAACGGUCGUGAGGGAGACGUGGACCUUGAGUGAAAGGUAUCUACAGGAUUAUACAUUGUAUACUGGGGCAUUAGGGACGGCUUUCCUGGCUUUGAAAUCAUACGUUGUUUCUAACAAUGAGAAUGAUCUCAAAUUGUGCUCUGAGAUUGUGAGAGCUUGUGAGACUAUUUCUAGAGAUUCGAGGCGCGUGUCAUUUCUCUGUGGGCGAGCGGGCGUUUGCGCUCUUGGUGCCGUUGCAGCAAAGCUUGCUAACGACGGAAGGCUAGUGGACCAUUACUUGGAAAAGUUCAAACAUAUCAAACUACCCAGCAAUUUACCGAAUGAACUGCUAUAUGGGAGAGCAGGGUUCUUAUGGGCCUGUUUGUUUCUAAACAAGCACAUUUGUCAGCACACGAUAUCGAAAACUAUUAUGAGAUCGGUUGUCGAUGAGGUUAUAAAGGUUGGUAGACAAUUGGGUAAGAACGGGAAAUCUCCUUUGAUGUAUGAAUGGCAUGGGAAGAAAUACUGGGGUGCUGCACAUGGACUAGCUGGAAUUAUGCAUGUCUUGAUGAACAUGGAACUAAAACCUGAUGAGGUUGAGGAUGUCAAGAAUACACUACGUUACAUGAUUAAAAAUCGGUUUCCAAGUGGAAAUUUUCGUUCGAGCGAAGAAAAUGAUUCUGAUAAGCUGGUGCACUGGUGCCAUGGGGCUCCUGGGGUUGCACUUACCCUCAUUAAAGCAGCUGAGGUUUUUGGAGACAGUGAGUUUCUGCAAGCAGCAUUAGAUGCUGGGGAAGUCGUCUGGAACCGUGGUUUGCUCAAACGGGUUGGCAUCUGCCACGGAAUCAGCGGUAACACGUACGUGUUUCUUUCACUCUACCGGUUGACUGGUGAUCCCGUAUACUUAUACAGAGCCAAAGCAUUUGCAUGCUUUCUGCAUCAGAAUGCUCAAAAGUUAAUUUCUGAAGGAAAGAUGCAGUCUGGUGAUCGCCCUUUUUCCAUGUUUGAAGGAAUUGGAGGAAUGGCAUAUCUUUUUUUUGACAUGAAUGAACCAUCUGCUGCUAGGUUCCCAGCUUAUGAACUGUGAAGUUUUUUUGACACUUACCUGAAAUGUACAAAGCAGUUCAGCUGAACCUUGCAACGUUUUAGAUAUUGUAAAGUUUGUAAAAGUUGUACCUUUCUGCAGUUUGUAAUACAGGUCGAUACAUGAUUCACUAUCGUUGUGAGAAA